CCUCCUCCCAAGUCCCAUCAUCAAGAAGCAGCGGCGGAAUAGAGCGAAGGAGAAGAAGCCGAUGGCCAGCAGCAGCGCGAGGUGCACCUUAUGGGCCGUGGCGGCGGUGCUGGUGGUGUCGACGGCGGCGGCGGCGGCGGCGGCGAAGGUGUCGUGUGGGGACGCAGUGAAUGCGCUGAUCCCUUGCGGGUCGUACCUGGUUGGUUCGGGCCAGGCGGAACCGAGCCCGAGAUGCUGCAAGAGCGCAGGGGAGCUCAGCCGGAUGGCGAGCACCGUGGCGGAGCGCCGCGCGCUGUGCCAGUGCUUCAAGCAGACGGGGCCAUCCUUCGGGGUGAAGCCCGAGCGAGCGAACCACCUCCUCACGGCCUGCAACCUCAGCCUCACCAUCCCCCUCAACCCCAACAUGGACUGCAGCCGGAUUUCAUAAAUGGUGGAGUAUAUUAGAGAGCUACGUUCGGAGGAGCAUUCCUGGGAUAUAUGCAGGAGAAGUAGGAUAUAUUAUUAUAGCUACGUUCAGUGGGAUGCAGUUGCUAUCAGGGUGUUUCUGUUGUUGUGAAGUCCUUUGGACCUCUGGGCUUAAUUUGAUGUUGAAUAUAAAGUUAAUGUCAAGGGUGUAACAGGUAUAUGUACGUAGAAUAAUUAAUGGAGUUUGUAGUAUAGAGUGCUUAAUUAGUAACUACUUUUAUUGGAUGCCACUUAUCUUCUCAUGAUCUGGAUUGAGAGUGAAAAUAGUAGAACAAGAAACGUAUAAGUUCGCUUG